CCCGCCCGCGCUUCAUGGCUGCGCACGAAUGGGACUGGUUCCAACGCGAGGAGCUCAUCGGGCAGAUCAGCGACAUCCGAGUCCAGAACCUGCAAGUUGAGAGGGAAAAUGUGCAGAAGAGGACCUUUACUCGAUGGAUAAAUCUGCAUCUAGAAAAGUGCAACCCGCCUCUAGAAGUGAAAGAUCUGUUCGUUGAUAUACAAGAUGGCAAAAUCCUAAUGGCUUUGUUAGAAGUCCUGUCUGGGCGAAAUCUGCUGCACGAAUACAAAUCCUCAUCUCAUCGUAUUUUUCGGUUGAACAACAUAGCGAAAGCACUUAAGUUUUUGGAAGAUAGCAAUGUAAAACUGGUUAGCAUCGACGCAGCAGAAAUAGCAGAUGGCAACCCCUCUUUGGUUCUUGGGCUGAUAUGGAACAUAAUCCUCUUCUUCCAGAUUAAGGAGCUCACAGGCAACCUCAGCAGAAACUCUCCAUCUUCCAGUCUGUCACCCGGCUCAGGGGGCACAGAUUCAGACUCUUCCUUCCCACCCACGCCCACCGCAGAGAGGAGCGUGGCAAUAUCAGUGAAAGACCAGAGGAAGGCCAUCAAGACCCUGUUGGCAUGGGUGCAGAGGAAAACAAGGAAGUAUGGCGUGGCGGUGCAGGACUUUGCGGGCAGCUGGAGAAGUGGGCUGGCUUUCCUGGCUGUGAUCAAGGCCAUUGACCCCAGUCUGGUGGACAUGAAGCAGGCCCUGGAAGACUCAACACGAGAAAAUCUAGAGAAGGCUUUCAGCAUUGCACAGGAUGCCCUGCACAUCCCCAGGCUCCUGGAGCCAGAAGACAUCAUGGUUGACACGCCAGACGAGCAGUCUAUCGUGACUUAUGUGGCACAGUUUCUAGAACGUUUUCCCGAGCUGGAAGCCGAAGAUUUUGUGGAUUCAGAUAAAGAAGUCCCUAUUGAAUCCACCGUUGUCCGCAUCAAAGAAACCCCUUCUGAACAGGAGAGCAAAGUCUUCAUUCUAACUGAAAACGGGGAGCGUGCCUACACCCUUAACCAUGAAACCAGCCACCCGCCACCCUCCAAAGUCUUUGUCUGUGACAAACCCGAGAGUGUGAAGGAAUUCUGCCUGGGUGGCAUUUCCAGCCAUGCUCUGUCAGACAGCAACACCGAGUUCAUGCAUGAGAUCAUUGACCAGGUUCUCCAAGGGAGCCCAGAGAAGACCAGCAGUGUCAGUGAGCCAUCUCCAGAAUCUUCCAUUUUAGCAUCCAGAAAGGACAGCCGGAGGUCCAACUCUAUGCCAAUCAAGAAAACUGUCCACUUUGAGACUGACACCUACAAGGAUGCUUCCUGUAAUAAUGACACUUUCUGCAGUCAAGACCUUGGCUUUGAAGGGAGCCCAAGAGUAGCAAAGGAGUUAUCAAAGCAAGAGGGACCUGUCUUGGCAGCUGAGGUUGCUGAGGAAAAGAAACCAAAACAGGAAGCCUCCAAGAUCCUGGAAGUAGCCUCUGACAAGAUCCCCGGUGACGUUUCUUUGGCAGAUGGCAUGACCAGUAAUACUCAGUCUGCUCAGAGUUCUUCCUCCUGGAAUGGCGCCUUAGCGAGUACAGCCAGCCACGGUGAAAGAAGUCGUUUUCCUUCAUCCCCUGGAGAAAAUACUGUUAUGGCCGAUUCCUUGGAGAUCAAGGUGAAGUUGCUGACUGUAGAAGCUAUGGAUAAAGAAGACUAUUUUGAAGGCAUACCAUUAAAAGCCUCGAAAUUUAACAGCGACCUAGUAGAUUUUGCUUCCACCAGCCAGGCUUUCAAUGAAGUUCCUUUGCCGCAAGAGCAAAAACCUGCUGAGGAUGAGAAUUAUGCUGAAAAAGUAGGUAAAAGGAGAGCUAAAUCUGCCCAGAAAAAGAGAGAUUCUUCUGAGCCCCAAGUUAAGUCUGAUGAAUACGAACCUCACAAGGGCUCUGGACAAGAAGCUCGAGGCUGUUCUUUGGCUCCAGAAGAGACACCAGUGGAUAAAAAGCCAGAGGUGUAUGAAAAGGCCAAGAGGAAGUCCACCCGACAUCGGGGUGAGGAAGAGGGGGAAGCCGAAGUCCUCCAGGGGGUUGGUGGAGAACUCCCUUCCAACCCCCCAAGCAGCAGUGUCAGCUUGGAGACCCUUGGGAGUCACAGUGAGGAAGGCCUGGAUUUUAAGCCUUCUCCACCCCUCUCAAAGAUUUCUGUCAUUCCCCACGACCUUUUCUAUUACCCACAUUAUGAGGUGCCCCUCGCUGCAGUUUUGGAGGCUUACGUGGAAGGCUUGGAGGAUUUGAAAAAUGAAGAAAUGGACCUCGAAGAACCAGAGAGUUAUGUGCAUGACCUGGGCUCCAGGGUGGAGGAGGCUGAUGGCUCUCAGGGCAGCUGCAGCUCCUCGGUGCCAGGCGAGGGCCUCCCAAGUGCCAGCGACCAGGGGCCAUGUCUCAACAGGGGUGCCACGCCAGCCUCAGAACCCACACCUCCACCCCACGAUGAGGACCGCCAGCAAAGGGAGCCUGAAGACAGUGACCUUCUGGAAAGCCAUCAGUCCCAGGAAUCCCCAAACUCAGAGAACGUAGCAAACCCUUUCGAAAAAAAGAUAACAGAAGAAUCAAUCAGCAGUAAAAAAAAGGAGAAAAAGAAACAUGUGGACCACGUAGAAAGUUCAUUAUUUAUAGCACCUGGAACUGUUCGAUCCUCAGAUGACCUUGAAGAUGACGCUGGUGACCACAAAGUUCCUUCCAGGACUAGUCACAGUGACUCCAGCAUUUACAUUCGACGACAUGCUAAUAGGUCUUUGGAAUCGGAACAUUUUAGCUAUGUUCAAUUGAGGAACGCAGCAGAUCUGGAUGACAGAAGAAACCGAAUGCUAACCAGGAGGGCCAACAACUCUGGGGAAGCCCUGUCGCCAGGGAGCCACAGCCCGCAGAGCGACUCCCUGACACAGCUGGUACAGCAGCCGGACACGAUGUACUUCAUCCUCUUCCUCUGGCUCCUGGUGUACUGCCUGCUACUCUUCCCACAGCUGGACAUCAACAGACUCUGAGGCGUGCGUCUGGAUAGUAAAAAAGACAGGACCCUGA